AGGAACGUAAGGCCCCUGGGCGGCUCGCUAGGGCCCCGGGUUGCGCGCACGACGCGCGACACGCGGCCAAAACUGGCGGGCAACCUGGCGCGGUCCCCCGUCGUGGUGGGCGGUGGUGGUGGAGGCGGUGGUAACGGAGCUGGCAACAAUGCGGCUCCCGGCAACGGUACCGGCGGGGGUGCUGGUGGCGCCGGGACGGGUGGUGCGCCGGUUGCCGGUGGCGGGGGCGGUAGCGGUAACAAUGGCUCAAGGUCCGGGGGUAGCAGGGCCCACGCGGCCGCUGCAGCUGCCGCGGCUCACACAGCCGCCGCCGAUGGGAGCGCCGCCGCCCCCAUACUUGAUUGGGAGGAGAACGACAGGUUCUCCUUCGAGGACUCGGACAGGUUCGAGGAGGACUCGCUAUGCAGCUGGAGCACCGAGCCCGAGUCCAUAUGCAAUAACUGGCGGGGAUGGAAGAGACCACUCACCGCAUUUGGCGCAUCCAAGAAGUUUGGAGAAGAUGGUGUGAAGGUUCCGACGCUGUGCGAACUCGCGGCACGAUGUGUUGCCUCCCACAUACCGUUCGAGCUCGUGGAGCACUUUUACUCGCCGGUGCCGGAACAGCUUCAGCUCAGGAUAGCCUUUUGGAGCUUCCCGGACAACGAGGAGGACAUCAGAUUGUACUCGUGCCUCGCCAACGGAAGCGCCGACGAGUUCCAGCGGGGCGAAAUGUUUUUCCGCUCCAGGAAUGUCAAGGAUCCACUUCAAAUUGGCUUUCACCUGAGUGCCACGGUGACGGCCCUUAUCGUCUCGACCAGCGGCUUCCGUGAGCAAUACAACGUUGCGGUAACAUUCGAUCGUCGGAGGAUCACAUCGUGCAACUGCACGUGCUCCUCGGCCGCCUAUUGGUGCUCUCACGUAGUCGCAGUAUGUCUCCACAGGAUACACAUGCCGACACAAGUGUGCCUGAGAGCGCCGGUGUCCGAGUCCCUGUCACGGCUGCAGCGUGAGCAGCUUCAGAAGUUCGCCCAGUAUCUUAUAAGCGAGCUGCCCCAGCAGAUCCUGCCGACGGCUCAGCGCCUCCUGGACGAGCUGCUGUCCGCGACGCCGAGUGCCAUCAAUACGUAUUGCGGCGCCCCAGACCCGACGGCCGGAGCCUCAGCCAACGAUCAGACAUCGUGGUAUCUCGACGAGAAAACCCUUCACAAAAACAUCAAGAAAAUACUCAUCAAAUUCUGCGUGCCUGCGCCCAUCGUCUUCAGCGACGUGAAUUAUCUGAGUACAACGGCACCGCCAGCGGCUGCCGAAUGGUCCUCCCUCCUGCGGCCGCUGCGCGGCCGCGAACCCGAGGGCAUGUGGAACCUGCUGAGCAUCGUUCGAGAGAUGUUCAAACGUACCGACCGCAACGCUAUCCCCCUCUUGGAGAUCAUCACCGAGGAAUGCCUGGCCUGCGAGCAGAUACUCGUUUGGUGGUUCAACACGAAGGUCGCCCUCCUCAACGGCAACAGCUACGGUGGCGGCAAACACGGCAAUAUGAACAGCAACGCCCACGCAUCCCAGCACGCCUGCUCUUCCCUCUGUGACGAGAUCGUCAUCCUUUGGAGGCUGGCCGCCCUCAAUCCCGGGCUUUCGCCCUCGGAGCGCGAAAUGCUGCACGGUCAGUUCACGGCCUGGCACAUGAAGACCAUCGACAAGCUGACCAAGGUUCGAGGCACGCCGGUCUAUCAGAACGCGCACAAUCGAAACAAUGGAGGCGGUCAGAAGGAUUCACCGAAGACGAGCUUCGAACUCUUCAUAGGCUUCAAACCGGCUCUCGAAGCCUGCUACCUCGACUGGGAGGAGUACACGCUACCCGGUAUUACUUAUACGGCUAGUAGCAAUCCCAUGUACCAUUGCCCGUUCACGUGUUUCCGACAUACCGGUGACACGAGGACGGAGGUUAACCAGGUGAAUUCGAGCUCCGCGGUGCUGAAUUGCCAACCGCCGAGCUCCCAUCAUCAUAGCCGAAGGCAAGCCUGCCUCGUCGAGUUCAGCUACAUGGACCGCAGAAGACUGAAUCACCGGUACUUCCCAGGACUGUGCUCACGGGCAGGCGGAGCCGGGGCCGGGGGUGGCGAUGGAAAUCGUAGCAGCGAUAGCAGCGAGGGCUUCUGCGAGAACGACGGCGACAUAGCGGACAUGCCAGAGCUACCGGUCGUGCAAUUUAGGCGCGGCCUCAGUCAGAUGAACAAUUGCUGCGACACCGAUUCGCAGGAGGGUGGCGGCAGCGAAUCUUCAUCGAACAGCAACGUGAUUAUGAAGAAGUCGCAUUGUUCGGGUCAGAUACGUUCGAAUGCCUCCUCCGAGAGCCAGAGCGACACGAGCGAUAGCAGCAUGCAGAAGUUGGCGAGCGACGGAAAAUGUAGCGGCGGGGGCGUCGUGGUGCCGUCGGUGGCCUCGACCGCAGCAACGACGCCCGGAUGCUCCAAGACGUCAAGCGCGACAGUCUCGGCAUCGACGUCCGCAUCCCCGGCGGUCGUCGUUACUAAUGGCCAGGCCUCAGCGGCACCGGUCGCAGGAGCGGCCACGACGGCUGUCGCCACGCCGGAGAAGAAGGAGGGUACCUUUGACGGAGACAAGGAUCCCUCCAGGAGGCCCUCCAAGGACGAAAGCUCAUGCUCGAGUAGCGACAGUCCGUCCGGCGACGAAUAUAAUGUUUAUUAUUAUGAUCCCAAGGCGGCCGUGAAUAAUGCCACGGGCAAGGAUCCGAAGGUCGAGACGCAUGGCUCGACGACUGCGAACGUCAGCAUCAUUUUAGGUAAUCUUAAGAUCGCCAAGGACCCGUGGGACAUUCUCUUUGCGAGGGCAGAGGGACUUUACGCUCACGGACAUACACGAGAGGCUUGUAUUCUCGGUGUUAAGCUGGCCAAGGAGCUGCUUGCAAAUCCACCGGAUCUCAUGAUCGAAGUGCCUCCUAUGCCCGUCAAGGGCAAAAGGAAGAAACAACAAGUGAAUCCCGCCUCUCAUCAGCUAACCUGUUCAGCCUCGGCAACCCUGGCAAAAUGCGGUUUCCUUUGCACGGUUCUAGCCGAAAAUCCAGAAUAUUAUAAUUUGGCCUUCCACGUCGGUCUAUUUGGUUUAGAGAUGGCUAGACCACCCGCAAGCACCAAAUCGCUCGAGGUGAAACUGGCUCAUCAAGAAAGCGAGCUCGUGAAUUUACUUAAACGCAUACCUUUAGGAGCCCAACAAGUUGCGAUGCUCAGGAUAAGAGCAAAACAACUUCGGGACGGACUUCUCCGUUCAAGGGGUCAUGCUCUUCUACCAAUAAUGCUGGCAAGCUUCAUCUUCGAUGCACUUAAUAUGCCAAGAAUUAGACCGUUCUCGGAGAUAGACGAGAACUUGGGUUUUGAUGCGGCGGUUGCAGCACUAGGAUUAAAGGCGAAUGUAAGCGAGGCAGAUCAUCCGUUACUCUGCGAAGGAACUCGACGUCAACGAGGAGAACUAUCUAUAACACUCCUGGUCUUCUAUAAGGACGAACCUAUGAAAGUUGCAAGAAUUAUGGAUAAGCUGCUGGAUCGAGAUGUUCAUCAAUUAAUAAAAUCACCGAUAGUGAGCAGUUACUACAGCUCGAAUCCACCGACGAAGAGUCAGUUAUCGAAUUUUCGUCGGGAAAAGGCGUGCUCUUCGCCGUUAACAGGUCCAGAGGCGUCCAGCUCGAACGAGGGAGUCCUGAGCGCUAAUAGCCGGCCCCAUAGUAGCACUAGCGCCGAGCUGGAGACGAGCAUGAGCACAUUGACCGUACAGCCGCAGCCAGCCCAGCAAUCCGUCUCAACCAGGACGAAGGAGAACAGCUCAUCCCGGCACAGGUUCAAGAGCAAGCGGGCGUCGAUCGCGAAACCAUCGAUCCCGAAUCAGCCGUCGGAGGCUGGUGCCCACUUUAUGUUCGAGCUCGGGAAGACCGUAUUGACGAAGGCCGGGGGCAACAGCUCGACGUCUCUGUUCACUCAGGCCUCGACCAGCCAGAAUCAUCACGGGCCCCAUCGCGCCCUUCACAUGUGCGCCUUCCAGCUUGGUCUGUACGCUCUGGGCUUGCACAAUUGUGUCAGUCCGAAUUGGCUCAGCAGAACGUACUCGAGCCAUGUCGGCUGGAUCACGGGACAGGCGAUGGAGAUCGGCGCACCGGCAAUUUGGUUCUUGAUCGACAGCUGGGAGGGACACCUCACGCCACCCGAGGCCGUCAGCAUUGCUGACAAGUCGAGCCGAGGCAGCGAUCUCAAUAUUGUCAGGGCUGCCGCGGAACUCGCUCUCUCCUGCCUACCUCACGCUCACGCCCUCAACCCCAAUGAGAUUCAAAGAGCCAUUCUACAGUGCAAGGAACAAAGCGAUCUUAUGCUGGAAAAAGCCUGUAUCACCGUUGAAAAUACGGCUAAAGGUGGCGGAGUUUAUCCAGAAGUCUUAUUCCAAGUUGCAAAGUAUUGGUACGAAAUGUACUUGAGGCACACGCCCGGGGGAGAGCAGCAAGACGAAAUGCCCCAUGACUCUCUGCAGCUGGAUGCCAAUGGGACAUUAAUGGUGGAACCCUGCCCUCCCGUCGAUAUAGCAACCGGUCAAUUGAUGCCAGGUCAAGCACAAACGGUCGUCGUGACAAGCGCGCAACCUCCGCCACAACCUUACGUGCAUCCGGCGAUAACGACGCUGGCUCCUUUGGAAGUUGGUUUACCGUAUACGGUGAGCCCGUAUAGCUUCGUUCACCCGCAUCAUCAAUUCCCGCAUCAGCCGUUCGGUGGUCCGAUGCCCCCGCAUCGCGUCGCCAUGCCGCCACAGCCGCCCAACAUGCAGAUGUAUCGCGCCUAUCCACGUCAUCCGGCCCAUCCGAUGCAUCAUCCGCAGAUUCCGCAUCAUCCGCCGCAGACGCAGCCCCCGGCGGUCUCGCAAUUUUACGCGCCCCAGCCGACCGUCACAACCGUCAAUGUACAUCCGCCCCCCGGCACUCAACAUAUGUUUACCAUGCAGCAGCCCGUGCCCAUUAAUGUACAAGCUGGCAUUUCAGGACCAAUGCCCGGUCAAAAUGGCUUGCCUGGUCCAGCCCUGAUACAGGCACAGCCUAUCAUGUCAACCGUCCGCACUCAGCCACAGCAGCAGGUACACAGGCAGAACCAGUCGUUCACGCCCCAGCAGUUCCGUGCUCUCGUUGCGGCUUAUCGCGUGGGAAUGCUGGCCCUGGAGACACUCUCGCGACGCGUCCACGACGAUCGACCGCAAGCGAAAUAUGCGCGCAAUCCGCCGUAUGGCGAAGACGUCAAGUGGCUGCUGCGCGUCUCGAAGCGUCUCGGCACUCAAUAUUUGCAUCAGAUGUGCGUCACUGUCGUCAACAGCAUCGUCAGUCCCUUCGUUCUGCAUGACGUCGCCCUCGAGGCGGCUUUCUACCUCUCCAGGAACAAUCCGACUAUCGUCAUUCAGCAACUUAGAUCCGCUCUCCUGGCGCCUCUUGUACACAAAUGCCAGCAAAUGUACUUUCAGAGUAUGCACCAAAAAUUGUAUCUUCUGAUGCCAGCGGAUUACGAAGAAUUUGCUAGUCUUGUACGCGCGGCAAGAGCUGCCUUUCACAUCACUCCAGAAGGACACACGCAAUUUAAGGAAUGGUUGCAAUCUAUAAAAAGGUCACAAUCGUGCAACAAAGAUCUCUGGAUGCAAAUUAACGCGGCGCUCCAGCAAAACGGUAAAUGACACAAAGUGGAACCAUGGCUUGCGCAUCGGACGCAGCAGAAUCCAUCCGAAGAUUCUCACUAUUCCCCGACGGCGUCGGGGACGUCAGUUACGACGGCUGCAAAUACCUCUGCCACAAACACCUCCACGGUCUCGACGUCUGCAUUAGUGGAGGAAUUGCCAGCUGUUGAUGUAUCGAGCGUCGACACGAACGAUGACGUCUCGAGUAUGAUGAGAGACAUGGAAAUGCGCCAAGGCAACUACUUUAGCAGACGGCGCGACGACUGGUAUCCUCAUUAUCACAACGCCGGCAACCUAAAUAGCAAUAUGGCCGUGGAGCAGCAGCAGCAGCA